UCUAUUCGAAAUCUUCCAACCUCUCGUUCACACUGCAAUUCAUCAUCUUAUUCCAACAUCUCUCAGCUUGCAAGAAUGGGAACUACUGGGGGAAGUAAAUACGGUGAAUACACAUAUGAGAACCUGGAAAGGGAACAGUACUGGCCUUCCAAAAAGCUUCGGGUUUCCAUAACGGGGGCUGGUGGUUUCAUUGCUUCGCAUAUUGCCAGGCGACUGAAGAGUGAAGGUCACUACAUUAUUGCUUCUGACUGGAAGAAAAAUGAACACAUGACAGAGGACAUGUUUUGUAAUGAGUUCCAUCUUGUUGAUCUGAGGGUGAUGGAUAACUGUUUGAAGGUCACUUCUGGUGUUGACCAUGUGUUCAACCUUGCUGCUGACAUGGGAGGUAUGGGUUUUAUUCAGUCCAACCAUUCCGUCAUUAUGUAUAACAACACAAUGAUCAGCUUUAACAUGCUUGAGGCAGCGAGGAUCAAUGGAGUUAAGAGGUUCUUUUAUGCAUCUAGUGCUUGCAUUUACCCUGAAUUUAAACAGUUGGACACUAGUAAUGUGAGCUUGAAGGAGUCUGAUGCUUGGCCUGCGGAGCCUCAAGAUGCUUAUGGCUUGGAGAAGCUCAUGACUGAAGAAUUAUGCAAGCACUACAAUAAGGACUUUGGUAUUGAGUGUCGGAUUGGGCGGUUCCACAAUAUUUAUGGACCCUUUGGAACUUGGAAAGGUGGUAGAGAGAAGGCCCCUGCUGCUUUCUGUCGAAAAACCCUCACUUCCACUGAUAAGUUUGAGAUGUGGGGAGAUGGCCUACAAACGCGGUCUUUCACCUUCAUUGAUGAAUGUGUAGAAGGUGUCCUAAGAUUGACAAAGUCUGACUUCCGGGAGCCGGUAAAUAUUGGAAGUGAUGAGAUGGUUAGCAUGAAUGAGAUGGCUGAGAUAGUCCUAAGCUUUGAGAACCAGAAGCUCCCCAUCCAUCAUAUCCCUGGCCCUGAGGGUGUUCGCGGACGAAACUCAGACAACACUCUGAUUAAGGAGAAGCUUGGCUGGGCCCCUACCAUGAAGUUGAAGGAUGGAUUGAGAAUUACGUACUUUUGGAUUAAGGAGCAGUUAGAGAAAGAGAAGGCUCAAGGCAUGAAUUUGUCAGGUUAUGGAUCAUCAAAAGUAGCAUAUCUGGAUAUGACAGAUUUUCAUACAUAA